UAGUUCAUAAUUGUUUUACCAAAUUUAAAGGAUAUGCUGACGUUGACACAAAAGGUGUGGUCUCUCAGACUAUAAACAACGUGGACACGUUAUUCCAAUCUUACUUUGAUGCUCAUUCAUUUAACAGAUUUGUAUGCAUCCGUUUUCAACUCUCAAAGACUCUGUGGUGGAGAAUCCAACAAUGCAGACCAUGGAUAUUGAUGACGACACGUCUCCCAACAAGCCCAGUGUUACAUUUUCAGCUAAUUUUCCAUGGUGGAAGAGACCCUCUGGAAUUGCUGCAGUGUGUCUCGGGCUGCUGUGUGUUCUCCUAUUGGCUGGGAUCAUAGGCCUGUUUGUCUACUAUGGCGUCAUUGAUCAUCACUACUCAACAGAGAGAGACCAACAGACCAGUUACAGCCUUCUGACUAAAGAAGGAGAUCAGCAACCAACCAGUUAUAAUAACUUGACUAAAGAGGGACAACAGCUACAGACAGGUUACAACACCCUGACUAAAGAGAGAGACCAGCUACAGAGCAGUUACAACAACCUGACUGAAGAGAGAGACCAGCUACAGACCAGUUACAACACCCUGACUGAAGAGAGAGACCAGCUACAGACAGGUUACAACACCCUGACUAAAGAGAGAGACCAGCUACAGAGCAGUUACAACAACCUGACUGAAGAGAGAGACCAGCUACAGACCAGUUACAACACCCUGACUGAAGAGAGAGACAAGCUACAGACCAGUUACAACACCCUGACUAAAAAGAGAGACCAGCUACAGAAUAGGCUCGCAACCAAAAUUAAGGAGAAAGACCAGUUGCAGAAUACUCUCAACACAAUAACUCAGGAAAGAGAUCAACUGCAGAAUAGUCUUAAUACAAAAACAAAGGAGAGAAACCAGCUACAGAGUAGUCUAAAUACCAGGACCACAGAGAGAGACCAGCUACAGAAUAGCCUAAAUACCAGAACCACAGAGAGAGACCAGCUACAAAAUAGCCUAAAUACCAGGACCACAGAGAGAGACCAGCUACAGAAUAGCCUAAAUACCAGGACCAAAGACAGGGACAAGCAACAAAAUAGUCUUAAAGUCAUGACUGCUGAAAGGGAUCAAUUAAAAAAUAAUCUUAACUCAAGGACUAAAGAGAGAGACCAGUUACAGAAGAGUCUUAAUACCAAAACUAAGGACAGAGACCAGUUGCGGAAUACUCUCACCACAAUAACUCGGGAGAGAGACCAGUUGCAGAAUAGUCUAAAUAACAGGACCAUAGAGAGAGACCAGUUACAGAAUCAUCUCAAUACCACAACCACUGAAAUGGACAAGUUGAAGAAGAGUGUGGAGAAUAGAACUAUGGAGCGUGACCAGCUACAGAAGGAGAGGGAAAGGCUGAACUGUAAUAUCACAGGGUCCUGUCCUGAAGGAUGGAGAAGGUUUGGCUGCAGCUGUUACUACCUCUCUACUGAGAGGAAAUCCUGGGAGGAGAGUAGACAGGACUGUCUGGAGAGAGGAGCAGAUCUGGUGAUCAUUAACAGUGAAGAGGAACAGACAUUCAUCAAUGGGUUUGAAUCAGUCACUUUUGCCUGGAUUGGUCUGACUGAUUCUGUUACUGAGGGGACCUGGAAAUGGGUGGACGGCACCCCACUGACCACAGCAAGCUAUUGGGGGAGAAGACAUCCUAAUGCUGGUACAUACCAUAACUGUGGGUUUCACUAUUACGUAUCAUCAGGCCAUGGAGUAUGGUGGAGUUUUGAUUGUUCCUCUUCACAACAGUGGAUCUGUGAGAAAUAGGCUUCUCUUAGGUACAUUCUCUACACUGCUGAUUAAUGAACUCUACUGUAUGUUAAUGAUGGUCUGAAAGACUGAUGGGAUUUGAUAGAAUGGUACUCUGAACUACACGUAGGAGAGAAACAUACAACAUACAGGACCUGAACAAGAGUCUCCCACGGGAGAAAACAACACCUUUAUUAGACAAAGAGGAAAUUCCCUUUUGGACCGAUAGCUGACACUGAUUUUCAACUCGCAGGCGGGACUACCACAUCACGUGACGAUGAACAACCAAUCAUGACCGACUCAUGUCUGCUACACAAGCUGACACACAAUAAUUUAUUCAUAUGUCAAACAAUGAUGUGUAGAAUAUAGAUAUCAUUCAAUAGCCACUGUCAAUCAAUUACUGUUAAGUUCUACAUUUCUAAAUACAUUUAAAAUGACUGUAUAUGUUUAUUAGUUAUACAGUAUGUCUGCUUCUUGUGCUUUUAUCAUUCCGUACUUAAACGUGUACUUCCUGCUUAUUCAAUAAAUAAUUUAAUCUAGAUUAAAGACA